AUGAGUGAAGAAGAUAGACAUAAUAACACAACUGUUCCCCAGAUUGAAAUAACUUCUGAUACCCCGGAAUCGAAUACGCAUAGGGUGGAGAUAGAAAUGGCAAACAACACAAACGGUGAGGAGACUCAAGGAACAACGAAUAAUGAAGAGGAAGACCCUGGUGUUAGUAGUUCGGACAGAUUGCUACCUACGGAUUUUGGAAGAGCUGCCAGACAUAUAGAUAACAUUGGGCGUCACUUCAACAUAUUAGAUAGGUUUUUCAAAAGGCGGAAUAACGCCAAUGGAUCUAAUUCGAGAGGUGUUGGUUUCGAUGGUGUAUUUUCCAACCUAAGUGCCAAACCUGAUAGAGACGGAGCAAACGAACAUACUCAACAAGAUAAUCCUCCAACAUAUGAUGAAGCGGCUGCAGAUAUGUCACCAUCUUACUACGGAAUGGACUUGAGCAGCACUGAUAUGUAUUACGAUGAAAUCUGUAUUGAGGGCUUACCAGUUGGUAAUAUCGCAAACCUAUUUUGGAAUAUUAUUGUGAGUACCAGUUUCCAAUUCGUAGGGUUUUUGGUGACAUACCUACUACAUACAUCACAUGCUGCUAAACAAGGCUCCAGAUUUGGUUUAGGACUAACAUUUAUUGGCUAUGCAUACUCUAUGAGGCCCCGGAAUGUUGAUGUUAAAGUUGGUAAAGACAAGACAGCAGAUCGUAUAAAAAUCGAGAAUCCAAAUGAUUAUAACGAUUUACAAAUACCCGAAGAUGGAACUGAAAUGGAUAAUUUUGAAUCAUCUCUCAGCCAUGGUCUUGAAGAAAAGAAGCAGUCUUGGUCAUUUAUUACAAUAUUUGCGGCGUUAUUAGGUAUAUUCAUCGCAAUAAAGAGUAUAUACGAUUACGUCAAGGUGAAAAAGAUGGAAAGAAAGUAUCUUUCACAGGAGGAACAGCAAGUUUAG